AUGGAAUCUCUGGAGCGACUCCAGGGACUACAUGCCGACCUUGUCGCGGUCAGCGAGAAGAGACUCGAGACCGUGGACCGCCUACUCGCCGAGCUCCAAGCAACCCUGGACGAUUUUCGAAGACUGUUGGACAAACCUACACCAAUACAGCAAGAGAAGGAGGCAUAUAAUAAGGGACAGGUGCUCCUGCCAUCAGAGGAUGGUGCUGCGCAGACAUACGAAGUCAACGAGGAGUUCAAGCACAUCAGCACUGCUUUGAGCACCGCUGUUGAUAUUGAUGAGGUCGAAGCCGCCAGACUUCUGGUCAGAGACUAUGGCGAGACUGUUGCGCCCAGCCUGGCCUUCGUCGCGAAAGCCGUCGCCGACUACCAAGAUCGCCGUGAUCUGCUUCUGCAGUCCCUUCGACUCGUCUUUGAAAACGCCGAAGACGUGGAUCUAGAAGAGCAAGUACGACUCAACGUCUUCCAGCAUACAGUCAGAGAGACACUACAAGUUCAGCAUGGUCCAAAUAAUGCGUCGCAGUUCGUCACAAAAUGCAUAAGGACGUUGGAGGUCCUUGAACAGAGAUAUAUCGCAGUCAAUGAACAAUUGCAGAACAGUGCGACCGUUGGUCAAUUGGCCGGGCCUGAGUACGAUGCAAUUCUCGAAUUUCAGAAGGGCAGUCUCUUCAAACAACACGAAGCCUUGUCCUGCAUAUUGGCAUACAUAUUCCGCGCUGGCUACUCUGGUCCCGAGGACCUCCAUAAGCUCUCAAGACUUAUCGAGAGAUGGCUUGGGGCUAAUGGAAAGGCAGACAUACUGCUCGUUCACUAUCUCCCGGCGUUCUCGGCAGCAUUCAGACAAAACGGGUCUGCGGAGUCGGCAGCGCCCUUUGACCCGGCGAAAGUCUUUGACGGCAUAUUCGGCGUGGUCCCGAAGUCAGAUCGCCCUCCCACUCAACUGGAUCCUUUCUUGGCGGUGUUAAGAAUCUGGUGGACGGUCGAGUACAGCAGCAUGUUUGUUGGUCACUCGGCAGAGAACGAAGCGGAAACGAAAGUAUGCACUAACCAGGUUAAACAUGGGUUGAAGGAACACGGUCUCCAGUUUCUCCUCGCUGUCUCCUCCAGCAUGACCAUCACCGAAUGGCGGCAUCCUGCCCGCCAAACAAUGGUUACGUUCUUGAUGCGCGACGCACCUGACUUCUCCAUAGACGGCGAGCAGACGUCUGACAUUCGCCAGCUGAAGCACGAAGAAGACGAUUUGCGACUCGAGCAGAUCGCAGCCGUUCAGGCCGGUGGUCAACCCGAUCCAAAAUUCGAUCGGAACGUGCCGAUGCACUUAGAGGCAUUCCUGGUCUUGAUAUCAUUUGCAUUCGAGGGCCGCGUCGAUGCCUGCGAGCAAUGGUGGGAGGACACGGAAACAAAUCUGUACGGAUUCCUACAAUGGGCAUCCAAGCGACAAACGGUGCCGCGGAUCAGCGCCUUCUGUGACAUGCUUUGCUCGAUUGCCGAAGGCUCAGAUGGCGCCUCCUCUGCACAUGCCUUUCUCUUGGAGGACUCUGUCCCGUCGUCAUUGUCCCGAUCACGGCAGGUUCCAUCCAUGAACUAUGCUCAGAUUCUCGCCGAGCUAGAUUUGUACGCCCACAAGGUCCAUGAACGCCAGGCCACCUCCACGCUCGGCAAUCGCAAGAUUCUGGAAACGGAUAUGAACGAAUCAGAAACUCCCCUCAUGCUAUCAAGCUACCUGCGCCUGCUGGCUCAUCUCUGUCGGCACAGUGACAAAGCUCGGGACUAUCUCUACACUCACCCUUCCAUCAACAUUCCUCGGACGCUGCUACUACUCAGCUCCGGUCCUGUACCAAGCUUCUUGAAAGCCAGCAUCUUUGCCACCCUAGAAGCCAUGCAAACGAACAACGACUUGUAUCGGGCAUCGAUGAUGUGGACAUACAUUGAUGAGUGGGCGUCCAAUGGAGCUGAACUGAUCAAGGCAAGCUUAGCGAAAGGUGAACCGGUAGCGCUGCCCAGCAUGGCUUCUGCGCAAAGUGUCCUGGACUCUCUGACAACAUCGAUUGAUCAGUACGAUGCAUUCGUGAGUCUGCUGCGGACUUUGCUCAUUCCUGUGACUCCAGAUGGCAUACCGACAUUCCCACGAGAAUUGGGCUCAACUUACAGAGUUCCGGGAAUCUCACCAUAUCUCGACUUCGUGUGCGGAACCAUCUUCUCGAAGCGGUUGCCGGCGUCUCAGGACAUUUCACAGUCAAUUCUAUGCAGCUACAACUGCCUAGACUUAAUGGCAGUCGCGCUCUCGUCAUUCGAUGAAACACAGGCCGCGCUGUUCACGAGAGGGCUUGCUAAGAAUGCUUCUGCAGACAUUGUCUCUUAUUUCCACCGUCAUCCGUUCUCGCGCGUCAUGCAAUGGAUACUCAGCACCGAGAUGGAUAAGCCGUUGAUGCGCAUAUUCAAAGUGGCGCAACAAAAUGUGGCAGCCGCGCGGUCAGAUUCACCUCUUGUGCAGGCGAUUCAAAAGACUGUUGAUGUCUUGAACCUUGCCCUUGAUCUACAACCCACGUUUCUGGACGUGGUCAAGCCGAUACUGAAAGAGAGCACUUACGAGAAAGGACUGAGCAAUCAGAUUACCAUCGAGGAGCUUGUUCUCAUGCACCCAGCCCUCAUUCUGGAGCUUUGUCAGUAUGCUGCAAGCGAGCACCUCGAUUUGUCGCUCAAAGCACUCUCUCUGCUCCAGAAACUAUCGAGCUCGGCAAAGCUGAACAAUCACUUCCUUAGUCAGAGCGCCCUCCACAACCGGUCGAGACGCAUCGUUGAUCUGCUCGGUCCGAACUCUUCCGCUGCGCUGAUCGCAACCUCUCAACUGAUGUCGGCAAAACUGCAGAUUGAUGACAGGGAGCUUGAAGCAGGCUCGGACGCCCCGGGCUAUUUGUACAAAGAUGGUAUGAUUGCCUUCAUGAACGCCUGUCUAGAGACCCAACCGGAACUUGCCAAUAUCGCCCAUAUGCUCUUAGGCUGUCGCCGACUCGGAGAGCACUUGAUCAUGGAGGACGACAUUGAUGGCGCUGGUGGAUCUCUGCUUGACAGCAUAAUCGUAUUGGUCAAGGACUACCCACACGGUGAUCAGACCGGCUUUGCGUCCUGGCUCAUUCACAUCAAAUCGGCGGGCAUGCAGAUACUCCGGCAGCUCUGGCAAGCAAACGUCUCGUCUGAGCUCAUUCUUUCUCGACUGCGACGCUAUCAGAUGCUCAAAGAAAUCAUACAGGGUCAAGAAGGAAUAUCGGAGAGCACUCGUUGGGAUGGUAAGCUACUGUUCGAGCCCGAGUUCUGGUUUGACCGUUCAGCGGAAGCUCUUACAGAGCUGCUGGACUUCCGGUCCGCCCUAUAUCAAUAUGUUUGCCGGGAGAUCAGAGAUGCGUCUUCCCAACGCCUGCAUUCUGUCCUCAAGCAGCAUCUGCAAGUCUUGCUCGGGAGUGAUAUGGCAGGCACGCCUUUGGGUCACGCCAACCUUUUCGAUCUUGCCGACUUUCUUGAACUAGACCUAUCAUGGUCAGUCCAUGUCCCGGAAACAGAGUACUUCGUAAAGCUUGACGUCAGCUCCUUCCAGACCUCCGACCAAGACAAUAAGCCUGGUCUGUACGACAUUGCUCUUGCUAAAGAAGCAUUACAUCGCGACAUAGCUGACCGAACCGAUCAACAGCCCCGCGGGUCGACUCAGGCACAGAUCAACCCCGAGCAGGCAGACUUUGAGAUUGAAGCCGUUUGUGCUCAUCUCGAGGCCAUCAACCGCUUAAUGCUGGCCCGUCAGGCAUGGAGAGCGACCUUGCGCAGCUACGCAGACAUGGUAGUCGCACUCAUCGAAAGCUGUCCCAUGGAGGCAGCUGCGAGAACGUCAUUCAUCCUUCAGGUUUUGCAGCUCAUACUGCCAAAGCUCGAUUCGCUUGUCGCGCUCGAGAGCGAAGAUACCCUCGAACUGGCCCGGAUCGCGGACAGUUUGCUCUUCGCAUUGCCCACAUCCAGCAGCAGCCCCAGCCUAACGAACCAGCCCUCAAGUGGCAAGCAAGAAUUGCUUGAGCAGGAGAGAAUGGGUAGCAUCGUUACCGAGAAGAUCUUCCAGCUCUUCAGAGCUAGCAUCGACGGCAUCAUGAUCGCAGGAAGCAGCCCCGUGCAACGAUCUGUGCUGUACAGCAUCUGCAUCCAAUAUUUGAAUCGAAUCCUCAGCGACGCCAAAUCCGACCAGGACGCCAACCGCAAAGCUCGAUCAAACAGCAUGGACUGCAUCCGCUCAUCCAGCGCCCGCCUCAUCGGCAUUCUCUCUGACGAUGCCGAAGACGGCGACGCCUCACGCCUCAAUGCCCUUAACCUACUUGCGCUACUCACAUCCCUCGCCCGCAUCGAAAAAUCUUCGCACGUCCUCGACGCCCUGCUCAAAGCCAACGUCCUCGAGAUCAUCAUCGAGCCUAUCAAGUACAUCGCCAGUGACUUCCAGAGCACUGAGGCAUCCCUGCGCAGCCACCUUCUAACCCUCCACGAAUCCCGCACCCUCCUCCUUCUCCAACUCGCCCGCACCCGCCCCGGCGCAACCGCAAUCCUCGACGCCGGCUUCAUGGCCGCCGUUCGUGACUCCCUCCUCUUCCGCGCCGACCCGGACUUGGGCUUCAGCUUGCCCAUGUCUGCAAGUGGGACACACAUCAACUCAACAGAAACCAUGAACGGCUCCAGCGCGACGCAAGCGCGUAACGCCGCCAACGUCGCUUCUGGACAGGGAACCGUGAACCAAACGGCGCUGCAUACUUACUACUCCCUCUUGUCACCCGUCCUGCGCGUGCUGUUGCAACUAGCGACCAGUCGCGGGCUUGACAACGAACAGGCCGUGUACUUGGUACGCAGUUUUCUGAACGAGUACAGACCCAACAUGGUGGGCGUCUUCAAGAAACUCCGCGGCGUAAGCGGAAAAUUGUCGAGCAGCGCAACAGAGGGAAAGCUACGCGAAUGUGUGCGAGCCUACACUGGUCUAUGCGUCUUCUCAGGCUGGGUCGACAGCGAAACCGAGGCCGGGCUGGGUGGCGGCUAUGCAGACGAAGGUAUGAAUGGUAACGGGACGGACGGGAUGAGUCUCGGUCGUGGGCGACUUGGUGUGCCAGAGGGAGGGAUGAGGGGUUAUGCGUUCUCAUGA